AUGGUACGCAACCAUCAUAGGAGACGUAUGUUUCUAGAUCGUACUUUUGCUAGACAUGAGACUCGGUUAAAAUAUUUGGAUAGUUUGAUAGGUGAAAGUGACAUAGCAUGUGUGAAUGAUCUAAGAAUGAAUAGGAGAACAUUUGGAGUAUUAUGUGAAUUGCUCCAUGCUGAUGGAAGGGUGAAAAGAAAUGAAACCAUUAGUAGAUAUUUUAAUUCAAUUUUACAUGGAGUUUUAAGGUUGCAAGAAAACUUAUUAGUUUCUCAAGAUCCUAUACCUGCCAACUGCAUUGUUAGUCGAUGGAGAUGGUUUGAAAAUUGUCUAGGAGCAUUAGAUGGUACUUACAUUGAGGUACGAGUGUCUGAAGUUGACAAACCAAGGUAUCGAACAAGAAAAGGCAAGAUCGCAACAAAUGUAUUAGGAGUUUGUUCUCGAGAUAUGAAGUUUAUAUUUGUUUUACCGGGUUGGGAGGGCUCAGCAUCAGAUUCUAGAGUACUUCGUGAUGCCAUUAAUAGGCAAAAUGGCUUAAAGAUCCCUAAAGGUUAUUAUUAUUUGGUGGAUGGUGGAUAUACUAACGGUGAAGGAUUCUUAGCACCUUAUAAAGGAGUUGCGUACCAUUUAUCUGAGUGGGGUAGAAACGUGCCUAGAAAUCACGAGAAGUACUUUAAUAUGAAACAUGCAUCUGCAAGAAAUGUCAUUGAGAGAUGUUUUGGAUUGCUUAAGAUUAGAUGGUCAAUCUUGAGGAGCACGUCAUUUUUCCCAAUAACAACACAGUGCCGAAUAAUUACAACGUGUUGUAUUUUGCAUAAUUUGAUUCGGCGAGAAAUGUCUCUAGAUCCAGCGAAAAUUGAGCUUGAUAGACAAGUGGAUGCUGCAGAAGAUACUCAUCAGACAAUUAAUGAAGAUCAUGAAAUAAUUGAUACGGUUGAAGCCUCAACUCAAUGGACUGAAUGGAGAAACACUUUAGCUAUGCAAAUGUAUAAUGAAUGGAGGCUACCUAGAGGACAUUAAUGGUAGAGGUUCUUAGUCUUGCAUGUAUGGACAAACUUUGCUUACUUAUUGUUUGUAUUAGACACAUUAAUUUGAAUGUAUUCUUACUUGCUUUUUGUUGUCAUUUAACUUUGUUUGUAUUGGACGCAUUGAUCUUAGUUAUUCAAUUUUAUUUUGUCGUUUAAA